AUGCUGCGGCGUACGAGUAGUUUGCUUGCGGCCUCGCCGGGGGUCGGAAUCGCCCCAGAGACGACGCCCGUCAAGUACGUCCCCUCCAUGCUGAACAUCCAGAACAUGAUGUGGUGGAACGGCAGGCGCAACACGCACCGCGCGACUUACCGUGAGAAGACGUGGUACGAGGUGAGCCGCAUGGGCGCCCACGCGAAGGGAGGGCGCUCCAUCAUGCGCCAAAAGUACUCCCCGGAGGCGCUGCGGUUGGCGCUUGCGAUGGUGCCGGAGUGGUUUGAGGUGGCAGAUGUGCCGCGCCCGCCCCAGCGCAUUCGGGCGCAGUCCGAGGGCAUUGUGGGGCGCUGGUACAGCAACUACUGGACGCUGCACGCGGUGAAGUACCAGUGUCGGCUGGCCAACGUGGAGUGGCCCUUUGGGGAGCGGCAGCGGCCGCGCACCAACUACGAGGAGCCCUUUUUUUUGUUGACUUUGAGGAGAGCAAGGCGGUGCGGGACUACCGCAGCCGCUGGAUCAACGUGA